GUUCGGGCGUGCGGGCAGGAUGGAGCAGGGCGGCGUGAGAAUGAUCGGGCUGGCGAGUGGGCGGCGACGUCCCUUCACGGCGCCCAGGCUGGGUCAGACGCCCAGAGACCCGCCGGGCAUCGAGGGCGCCACCAUCCUGCAGAGGAAGAGAGGCCCGCCGCCGGAGAAGGUGAUGGUGGUGUCGCGGGACAGCGUGCGGCAAGUAAGGUGCCGCAGCGCCGCAGCCACGCCGCCGGCCAUCCUCCUGUCGGCGGCGCAGCUCCAGGCCAUCAAGGAAGCCGCUACUAUGGUGUCCGCAGAAUCGAGGGCGAGGCAGGUGCAGGCGACGAGGGAGGCAACGGCGGCGGCCCUGAAGGAGCAGGAGGAGCGACGGCAGCGACACCUUCUGCUGGAGGAGAGGCACAGGAAGCGCCAGAGGGAGGAGGACGCGAGCGCUCUGGAGGCGUGGCCGCCGGGGGAGAAGAAGAAGGACGUGUUGGAGGAGGAGGACCGCCGCGCCCUCCAGGAGCUCGAGCGCGAGGAGGAGGUGAAGGAGCUGCGCCGGAUGGUGCUCGCCGCCAAGUGCCACGCCAUCCGGGAGGCGCAGAUCCUCGAGAAGCAGCAUAUCAAAAAACUCGAAGCGGAGGAGGAAGAGAGGCAGACAGUGAUGAUGGAGGAGGAGAGGCGGCGUGGGCUAGCGGACGAGGCUCGGAGGGACAGAGCUCGGCACGAAGUCAACCUGCUGGCGGCUCAAGCGCUCACCAAGCAGAUACUACAGCAGGAGGAGGUCAAGGUGCAGCAUUUCAGGGACAAGAGGAAGGAAGCCCAUAUAGCAGUCCGAGAGAACGCGAAAUACCGGGCGGAGAAAAGGGAAGCGGAGAUAAAGAGAGAAAUGAAGAAGAAGAAAGAAAGUGUGGAAGCGCGGAAGAUCCGAGAGGCGGCGGAGAUCCGAAAGGAGGAGCAGCUGAAGAGGAAUAAAUUGUACGACGUGAAGGUGGUUGCGGAGGCGGUGGAGCAGGAGAGACUAAAGCAGCUGCGGAAGGAGCAGGAAAGCCAGCUGAAGAAGGCCAAGGACGACCUGCAGCUGCUGUGGCUCAAGGACGAGGAGAGGAAGUUGCAGGAGAGGAAGCGGAGGGAGGAGCUGAGGCAGGUCCGGGAGCAGGAGAAGAUGGAACGCGAGUGGCGCCAAAAGGCCCUCGAAGCGGCGCGCUCGAAGGCCGACCGAGACGGCCAAGUGACCCGCGAGAGGCGCCAGCAGGUGGAGGAGCGCCAGAGGACCCGGAUGGAGGCGGCGGUGGCGCAGAAGAAGGAGCUGCUCAAAGUCACCGACCACUGGAUGAUCACAGCGGAGAGGGAGAGGGCGGAGAUCGAGAAAGCUAGGAAGGCCAAGGAGGACUACGAGUCGAGAAUCCGAGAUCAGAUCAAGUACCAAGAAGCGGUGCGAGCGAAGGAGGCCGACCAGCUGAAGAGGGAGAGGGAGGAGGAGGCCAUGAGAAUUAAGCAGAAAGAAGCAGCUCUUGUUAGAUUGAAGUUGGACACCAUGAAGGAACUCAGGAAUAUGGCUCUUCCUGAGCAGCUUAUCCAAGACCUGGAGAAGAAACUACACAUCUCCAAGAUUGAUAGACAGACUAGAAAUAACAAAAAUAGGACCAAGUAAAUAUAACAUUUCCGUCCCCUUAUGUUUGAAGAUGCUAAAAAAAUGUAACAGUAUUCAUAUGUGAUACACCCUGAAUGUGUUGAUCAGCUGCUUAAUUUGUGCAAGUUAAAGAAAAACAAUAAUCAUGAAUAGUAGGUCAGAAAUAAAAUAUUAUUAGUAGACGACACAUGAUCACUUUAAAAGGCUUUUGCAUAAAUAAGUUAACAUGGCAAAAAUGUAGUUUCUUACACAGCCAAAAGAAGAUUAAUAUGGACACAUUCCACUUUCAUUUAAUAUGAACGCUUAAAACUAAUUUCUAGAUACCUGAAUAAGACAUACAGGUGUACUUUCAUGCCUGAUUUUUUGUCGUCAUUGCCAUAGUUCAGUUAAUGUUUGUGUCCAAUUAAACCUUACUUCUGACCAACUUAACAGCGUUCUUUGUUAUCCAUGGUGCUCAUAGACUAAGUAUUAUGCAAUUUAAUGUUAUGUAUCCCAUGUUCAUUGCCAAAUGUGUUCCCAAGUAUGACUUUAUCUUAAAUGAUAAAAUUCAUCCUUGCGCAUCUUGCAGUUACCUUUACAUCAUCUACUUUUUAAAAAGCCAAAAAAAGUAAGAUUAUUGAUGUAAAAGUAGUGCUGAUUCCACUGCCCUGUUAACCAUAAUCUCAUACUGUUUUAACAUAAUUUGUCUAUUUAACUUAAAAGACAAUUGUUACUCUUAAAUCUCAUAAUAUUUUAUGACUUCAUAUAUUAUUAAAUGUAUGAAAAAUACAUUGUUCCUCUGCUGUUGAGGAUCUCUGAAUGAUAUUGCAUGGUGUUCAUUGUUUAAAUCUGGCCACUCUUGGUUACAUGAUGUAAUAAAAUUGUGAUACUGUGGGUGCAAGUGGUAAUAGAUUGCUUUUUACUUUUUGCCUUAAAUAACCAGAAAGUGCAUAAAUAAAAAUCUUGCAAUACA